AUUGAGAAAGUUAAAUAUAACAAACUGGAGCAACUAUCCUCGGCCCUGUGUAGAAGCAACUGAAUGGACAGCAGUGCGCACUCUGGAUUUUGUAUUUAAUUAGCAUAAAAGAUCUAAUGGAGAGCAGCAGGACUGUGCGUCACAGCCAUUGGCGAAGAUGGGAGGGGGAGGGGGGCACCUAUUGGAGUCCACAAACUGCAGUGUGUAUUUCUUCCACGGCCGACAAAACCAGUCCGGUUGAUGUGAAAUGAUGACUUAGCUCACAGCGUUACCUCUGACUGAAGACAGCUGGGAGCCGAAAGGAUGCUGCAGACGGACCUAAACAAGCGAGUGGGCUGAUGGAGUUGGUACUGUGAGCUGGAGGUAAAUCCCCAACCUGUAAGUGCUGCCCGGGACCAGCGCGUCACCUGAAUGACGGGAUAUGAGACAAUGAAGCAACUAGGGAUGACGGCGAUAAAACGAGUCCAAGUCACGGGAGUGGAAAAGCGCGUGCGAUGACGGACGGCGCAAGGGACAGAGAAGAGGUAAAGCAGAGGGAAGUUAUCUAGCUCAUUAGUAGAGCUCCAGAUGCUGGGAAAGAAAACUAAAUAAAAGACAGACCAGAUGUGCCAAGUGUGCGUAAUUCUAUAAGCAAAUCAACUGGGGGAAGCCGAUUUUCAUUCUCAAAAGACAAGACUUGAGCCAGAAAUGGAAAACAUCAUGGAGCCGGAGGGGACCACAGAGGGACAAGCCACUAAUUUGGCACAAUCUGCCGCCUCCAAACUGUCCCAAAUAGGCGAAAGAACUAAACAACUGGGCUACAUCCAAGACCCAGUUCGGCAGAAACAGGUUAUUCUAGUAAUAGUCUGUGUAGCACUUUUGUUAGACAACAUGCUUUACAUGGUAAUUGUGCCAAUUAUACCCGAUUACCUUGAAGAGCUACAGAAAGCAGCGGAUAAAGCCGAAGCCGUUGUACUGCAGACCAACUUCACUAACAGCACCACCCACAAAGCAACCAAGGGGAACUUCGACCUACAGAUUGGUGUUCUUUUUGCCUCCAAGGCCAUCCUGCAGCUCCUGGUGAACCCACUAAGUGGCACGUUUAUAGACAGAGUGGGGUAUGAUAUUCCACUCUUCAUCGGUCUCAAUGUCAUGUUUCUCUCCACCCUUACUUUUGCCUUCGCUGAAAACUACGCGACUCUGUUCCUGGCGCGUAGCAUCCAGGGCCUCGGCUCGGCUUUCGCGGACACUGCUGGGAUCGCUCUGAUCGCAGACAGGUACACAGAGGAGAAAGAGAGGAGCAAAGCGCUGGGUAUUGCCUUGGCUUUCAUCUCUUUUGGAAGUCUUGUGGCGCCCCCCUUUGGAGGGGUCCUCUAUCAGUUCGCAGGGAAGCGGGUGCCCUUCCUGAUUCUGGCCUGUGUCUGCCUCAUUGAUGGUGUAUUGUGCCUGACUGUGCUGAAACCCUUCUCUAACCGAGAGAGAGAGAACAUGCCAGUAGGCACCCCCAUAUAUAAACUGAUGAUUGAUCCUUAUAUAGCUGUAGUGGCUGGUGCUCUGACAAUUUGUAACAUCCCUCUCGCUUUCCUUGAGCCCACUAUCGCCAACUGGAUGGAGGAAAACAUGCAUGCCAACCAGUGGGAGAUCGGCAUGACAUGGUUCCCUGCCUUCUUCCCUCAUGUUUUAGGUGUAUAUCUCACUGUCAAAUUAGCAGCCAAGUACCCCCAUCUCCAGUGGUUUUACGGGGCUAUAGGUAUGGUGUUCAUAGGCGCAAGCUCCUGCACAGUGCCAGCCUGUAAAAACUUUGGACAGCUCAUGAUCCCACUGUGCGGAAUCUGUUUUGGCAUCGCCUUUGUGGACACGGCGCUCCUGCCAACACUGGGUUUCCUGGUGGAUGUGCGACAUGUGUCAGUGUAUGGCAGUGUGUACGCCAUCGCAGACAUCUCUUACUGCGUGGCCUAUGCCCUGGGGCCCGUGGUGGCUGGACAGAUAGUGCACGACCUGGGCUUUGUUCAGCUCAACUUAGGCAUGGGCCUCGCCAAUGUACUUUACGCACCAGCGCUCCUUCUGCUGAAGAACGUGACAAAGAUGAAGCCUUCUUUCUCUGAGCGAAAUAUGCUCCUGGAGGAUGGCCCAACAGGACUGUAUGAUACGAUUAAGAUGGAGCAACGAGAGAAGAAGAGAAAGGGUUUAUGUACAACGAUCGACGAGAAUGGCGUUGAAACCUUUCCGCAACGGUCGUAUUCAGAGGAGGAAUCUUCAGGAGGAGAGUAUGCAUAAAAUACCUUCAACUGAGUGUAAAACUAUCAAAGUGCCCAUGUAGAGUUGUGUGCAUCCCGUCCGAUCCAAUCAAUUGCAUAACACGAUUAGGAUUGUGUAACACAUACAUUAAUUUACUGCUCCUGGUGACAAUUCCUCCGGGUAUUGUCAACCAAGUAGCUUCAGGCUUUUGCAGUAGAAAGGCGCUCGCUGGCGUUUGUUCAUCUUAAAGUGAGAGUAUUGUAAAAGAUUUGUUCAGAUAAAUGUCUAUUCAUUAACAGUAUUUAUCACUGUAUCAGAAACUGACUCAUAUUCAGGGAUUGUGUAAAUGUAUUUUAACAAAAGAACAAUUGUAAUGUAUGCGUCUUUCAAUGUAAUCUGUAUUCAUUUUGCCAGAGUUGUGCUGCUAAACUUAAUAUGCAAUACUGUGUGUCACAAGACGAUUUUAGAAAGAUACAAAAGAUGUAAAUGUUCUGAACUCUGUGUCUUGUUGUCUAAUUAUUUUGUUUAUUUUGGAUGAUGUACUUCUGGAAUGCAUAGCCUCAUUGUGUGAUCUGCGACUGUACAUACAUGUAUAUUCAUGUACAUAAUUAAAUCAAUAUUAUGUGAA